AAGUAUUUCUGUCCUUGUCAUCCAAGCAAAUGGUUAAGUUGAUCUCCAGUAAUGAACUUACCGUUCCAUCUGAAGAAAAAAUAUUUGAAAGUGUUAUUCGAUGGGUAAAACAUGAUUUAGAUUCCAGAAAACCAAUUUUGCCACAAUUAAUGGAACAUGUGCGUUUACCAUUAACAUCGAAAGAUUACAUAUUAAAAAAUGUAGUUGAUGAACCUCUUCUUAAUAAUUGUUUUAAAUGUAAAGAUUACGUGAUUGAAGCAUUAUAUUUUCAUUUGCUUAAGGCAGAUGAGCUUAUCACCGUUCCACAUAACAUCCGAACUAUACCUAGACAACCUGGCGGUAUACAUAAAGUAUGAUUCCGUUAUUAUUUACCUAUUUAUCUUUCCAGCGUAUAUUUAACGAUUCAAUUAAAACAGGUUAUUGUGGUUGUUGGUGGGUUCGGUCAUAAAAAUGUGUAUGAUAGUACAGAAUGGUAUGAUCCAAAAAUAAACCAUUGGAAGUCUGGACCAAAAAUGGUCACACCACGCUUCGGUGGUGGUAUAGCCGUAGUGAAAGAUAAUUUUGUGUUGUAUAUGGGUGGUAUGAAUUUUCAUUAUACGAAACUUCAAUCCAUGGAAGUGCUAAAUUUAUCAUCGGAAUCACCUUGUUGGAAACUAACCGUCGACAUGUUAUUUAAAAGACGACAGUUAGGAGUUGGUGUAAUAAACAACGACGUAUAUGCCGUAAGUUAUAUGCCGUAUAGAGAUAUUACUUAUUAGGUACUUUGUAUUACCUAGUAAUUGUUGUUAUAAAGUAUGUACAUAAUAUAAAUUAUAUAACAAAUUCAAGGUUGGCGGCAGUGAUGGUAACAGUAUUUUAAACAGUGUAGAAGUUUUUGACUGCAAAACCCAAGAAUGGCAUUUGGUAUCAAGUAUGUCUAUUGGAAGAUGUAUGGUUGGGAUUGGAGUACUGAAUAAUCUUUUAUACGCAGUAAAAUAAUUUUAUUUCAAUUUUGUAAUUUGUAUGAUAUAUAUAUUAUAUUAAUUGUUAUAGUUGUAAUUGGAAGAAGUAAAUUCUUCCGAUUUAAAUCAUGGAAUAUAACCCUUCAA